AUGGUGGUUGAACAAAUGCAGCUUAAAGGCACCCUUGAGGGCCACAAUGGGUGGGUAACACAGAUCGCUACCUUCACCCACAACGACAAAACCACUGUUGUUUCUUCAUCUCGUGAUCGCACCAUUAUCCUUUGGGAUGUAGACAAUGUCGUCAGCGAUAUUGAUGCUAUUGGCCGUCCAGUGAAGGCUUUAACUGGUCACAACCAUUUCGUUUCUGAUGUCGCCAUUUCCUCAGAUGGACAGUUCGCACUUUCCGGUUCUUGGGAUAAGACUCUUCGCCUUUGGGAUUUAACCACGUACGUUGGCUUGUAA